UUAAUCUAUCACAGCACAAAGUUACGAUAAAUUAGAAUCAAUAUCAAUUUGUAAACAUGGCAUCGCGAGUGAGCAUGGUUUCAACGAAAUUAAAGCAGGCCACUAAUGGAAAGAGAACAUUAGAUCUUGAUGGAGAGGAAAAGGAGGAACAACAGCUAAUGAUGAAAAAUCAUGUAGACGAUGUUGAUGACUCUGAUGAUUCAGAAGAUUCUGAUGAUGAGACAGCCGAUGAGAAUGAGGACAGUAGCAGUCAAGAUGAAGUCUAUGAGGAAGAAGAUGAAACCAGUGAAGAUAGUGAAAGUGAAGAUGAACAGCCUGAAAAAAAGGAUGAUGAACCAGAAAAGCAUGUAGAUGAAUAUGAAUAUGAUUCAUCUGAUGAAGAGGAUGUUCGUAACACUAUUGGCAAUAUCCCCAUUGAAUGGUAUAAUGAUUAUUCACACAUUGGCUAUGAUGUGGAAGGAAGAAAACUUUUAAAGCCAGAACAUGGUGAUGCUCUUGAUGAAUUUUUACAAAAAGCUGAUGACCCUAAUUAUUGGAGAACAGUGGUGAACAAAAUGACUGGACAGAAAGUUGUGCUUAGUGAUGCAGACAUUGAGACUAUCCAGAGAAUUCAGGCUUCCAAACACCCAGCAGGAUCUGAGGGAUUGUAUGAACCAUGGGUAGACUUUUUCUCUAAUGAAGUCAUGAACAUGCCAGUUACAGGACGACCUCCAGACAAAAGAAGUUUCAUUCCUUCCAAAUGGGAAAAACAAAGGGUCGGUCAAAUGGUUCAUGCACUUAAAAUGGGCUGGAUGAAGCCCAGAGGUGAGAUCAGAAAAAUGAAACUUGCUCAAGAUCCAAAUGCACCAUCUCUUGAUUUAUGGAAAGAGGAUGCAGAACCUGAAAUAACCAAAAGGUAUAGAAUGCAUAUUCCUGCACCAAAAGAGCCUCUUCCUGGACAUGCUGAAUCUUUCAAUCCACCUGAGGAAUAUCUUUUGGAUGCAGAAGAAGAAGCUAAAUGGAAUGAUCAAGAGCCUGAAGAUAGGCGCAUGAAUUUUAAGCCUCAAAAGUUUUCUUCUUAUCGAACUGUUCCCAAAUAUGGACUAUUUAUCAAUGAAAGAUUUUCAAGAUUGUUGGACUUGUAUUUGGCAGCAAGACAGAGAAAAAUGAAAAUGAACGUCAACCCUGAAGAUUUAAUACCAAAGAGACCAGAUAAGAAAGACUUACAACCUUAUCCUACAAAAGAAGGAAUGGUUUACAAAGGACACACUGAUAUGAUUCGAAGUAUAUCACCAGAUCCCUCAGGACAGUGGCUUGUUUCAGGUUCUGAUGACUCAACACUUAAAUUGUGGGAAGUUAGCACUGGACGUUGCAUGAAGACCUUCAAGAUGGAAGAUAAAGUAACUUAUGUUGCAUGGAAUCCAAAUCCUGCCAUUAAUUUGGUGGCAGCUGUUGUUGGUUCAGAUGUCAUCAUAAUAAAUCCUGGUCUUGUAGACAAGCUAGUGUGUUCAAACACUGACAACACACUGAACAACUUUGAAGACUCAGGAGAAAGUAGCAAGUCAGUGGUGGUUUGGUCAUCCUACGAUGUUGAAGAAAAAGACAAAGGAUUUAGGAUAAAAGUAUCACAUACUACGGCAAUUGUUCAGUUUACCUGGCACAAUAAGGGAGACUACUUUGCAACAGUUCAAAAAGAUGGAAAUAAAAGUCAUGCUGUUCUUAUUCAUCAGCUUUCAAAACGUCAAACACAGGCACCAUUUUCAAAACCAAAAGGACUAGUUCAGCGUGUCAGCUUCCAUCCUUUACAUCCCUAUUUCUUUGUGGCUACUCAGCAACACAUACGUAUUUACAAUUUAGUUAAACAAGAACUGCACAAGAAACUGCAAGCCAAUUGUAAAUUUAUCUCAUCAAUUGAUGUCCAUCCUGGUGGUGACAAUGUGAUUAUUGGAAGCUAUGACAGUAGACUGUGUUGGUUUGACCUAGAUCUAUCAACAAAACCUUAUCAAACACUCAAAUACCACAAAAAAGCUUUGCGUCAGGUUGCCUAUCACAAACAUUAUCCACUAUUUGCCUCUGCAUCAGAUGAUGGUUCUGUUAUUGUUAGCCAUGGUAAAGUUUAUAGUGACCAACUCCUAAAUCCUUUAAUUGUUACAGUCAAGGUUUUGAGAGGUCAUAAAACUGCUAACCACCUUUCUGUUCUGGAUUGCAAAUUUCACCCAACUCAACCUUGGGUAUUUUCUAGUGGAGCUGACAGUACUAUCAGACUUUAUGUUUAGUAGCCUGUUUUGAAGGCAGCAAAUUUUUGGAUGUGAGACUGAAUAUGUAUGCCUGGUUUUGUGUUGGUUUUAAGUCUAAUGACUGACAGGAUUGAAACUAUAGUUCACCAGCAUUUGGAAAAUGAUAUUGAAUGCUCUUUAUUGAUUAGUUAAUUUGACAUAUAUUUCAUACUUAUGAAUAUAAUUGGUGAAAAUUA